AUGUCGCGCACAAAUCUGGUCAUCGGCUCGCGGGCCUCUCCACUGGCCGUCGCCCAGGCCGAGGAGGUCCGGGGGCUCCUGACCGGCCAUGAUAAUACCCUCCAUGUCAGCCUCCUCAAGCUGGACACCGUCGGCGACCGGAACCUCAAUGUCUCGCUGGCGGAGCUCUCGCGGCUGGAAUCCCAGACGGACACGCCCCCCGCUGCCGCCGCCCCCUCGGGGCAUCUGGUCCCGCCGAAGCCCGCAGGCGAGAAGGACCUCUGGACGCGGGAACUUGACGCGGCCCUGCACCGGGGCGAUGCCCAUGUGCUUGUCCACAGCCUGAAGGACCUGCCGACCACCGGUCGCACCGGUGCGCUGGCCUACCCGAUCCCCCACUCAACCAUGCUCGCCAUCACCGGCACUCUCGUGACCGUCGCCGCCGCCGCCGCCGCCGCCGCCGCCGCCCCAUUCACUCUGGCCGCCGUGCCUCAGCGCUUCGAUCCGUACGAUGCGCUGGUCCUCCGAGCUGAUGCCCCACCGCCGGCCGGUCUGCCGGCCGCGGCCCUGGUUCCGGCCGAUCCCAACGCCGUCGACGAUCCCCAGACCCAGUAUGCCGGGGUGAAGAUCGACCUGCGCGAGGUCCUCCCCCGGGGGUCGGUCAUCGGAACCAGCUCCCUGCGUCGCGCGGCCCAGCUGUCCCACCGUUAUGGCGAUCACUUUACCUUCAAAGUGGUGCGCGGCAACAUCGCCACCCGGCUGGGGAAGCUCGACGCCCCGAGCGGCGGGUACGACGCCCUCAUCCUGGCCGCGGCGGGCCUCCGGCGCUUGGGACCGGACUUUGCCUCGCGCAUCAGUGUGCGUCUGCGCGACGAGCGCUAUGCCGUCGGCCAGGGUGCCCUCGGCGUCGAAGUGGCCGCCACCGAUGGGUCUGCUCUCGCCCUGGUCCAGGUGGCCUGCGAGGAUGCUGGCAGCCGCUGGCGCGUGGAGGCCGAGCGGUACGUCACCAUCCCCCGCGCACAUGUACACGCCUCUGGGCUGGCCCGACAUCUCCUUUUCUGA